AUGAGCACCGCCGGUGCGGAGCAGCUGAAUCCGGAUUCCGUGUCGAUAACGGUCAUGGAGUCGGUGAACGGGUCGCACCAGUUUACGAUUAAGGGUUUCUCUCUGGCGAAAGGCAUGAGCCCAGGGAAAUUCAUACAGAGCGACGUCUUCUCCAUCGGCGGAUACGACUGGGCGAUCUACUUUUACCCCGACGGGAAGAACCCAGAGGACAACUCCCUGUACGUCUCUCUCUUCAUCGCUCUGGCGAGUGAUUCCAGUGACGUCCGGGCUUUGUUCGAGCUUACGCUCAUGGAUCAGAGCGGCAAGGAGCAGCACAAGGUCCACAGUCACUUUGAUCGCGCCCUCGAAGGUGGUCCUUAUACGCUCAAGUAUAAAGGAAGCAUGUGGGGUUACAAGCGCUUUCUAAAACGAACAUCUUUAGAAGGCUCUGACUUCUUGAAGGAUGAUUGCCUUAUCGUCAAUUGUACUGUUGGCGUCGUUAGAGCCAGGCUUGAAGGUCCAAAGCAUUACGGCAUUGUGCUGCCACCGUCGAAUAUGGGUCAGGGAUUGAAAGAAUUGUUGGAUUCCGAACUUGGUUGUGACGUAGCUUUCCAAGUCGGAGAUGAGACAUACAGAGCUCACAAACUGAUCCUCGCAGCACGCUCACCGGUUUUCAGAGCUCAGUUCUAUGGACCAAUUGGGGAUAACAAUGUGGAUAGGAUACUGAUAGAGGACAUCGAGCCUUCUAUCUUUAAGGCUAUGCUUAGCUUCAUCUACACCGAUGUACUUCCUGAUGUGCAUGAGAUUACGGGGUCGGCUUCUUCCAGUUCGUUCACAAACAUGAUACAACAUCUCUUGGCGGCUGCUGAUCUCUAUGACCUCGGAAGGUUGAAGAUGCUAUGUGAAGUUUUUCUCUGUGAGAAGCUCAAUGUUGAUAACGUGGCAACAACACUUGCACUGGCUGAACAGCACCAGUUCUUACAGCUCAAAGCCUUCUGCUUAAAGUUUGUUGCAUCUCCAGGAAACUUGAGAGCCGUAAUGAAGUCUGAAGGGUUCAAGCACUUGAAACAGAGCUGUCCUUCUUUGAUGUCUGAGUUACUGAACACGGUUGCAGCGGCGGAUAAGAGCUCGGCGAGUGGACAAUCAAACAAGAAAAGAAGCGUGAGCAGUGUGUUGGGCUGUGAUACAAGCAAUGCAAAUGUGAGGCAAGUGAGGAGGAGGGCAUAG